AGGUCUGACUCGCGCGUGCCCAGUGCGCGCCGCUGCUUCUCCUUCACAGUCCGCUGCUGCAUCGACCAGCGCUCACUAACUCUGCACACUCCGCCCCAUUAAUAAAGACACAUGGCAGAGAAAGUGGGGAUUGUGGUGCAGCAGGACAAGACAGGAAAAGGCAAGCAGGCAGAGAACAAAGACCACUGUGUGACAUGUCACCAACAUGCACCCAAGGGACAUGGCACAAUGGCUGUCCCUCCUGCAUACUCAGACCUGGGAAAAUCUGCCAAAGACAUCUUCAAUAAGGGCUAUGGCUACGGAGUGCUGAAGCUCGAUGUUAAGACCAAGUCCCAGAGCGGUGUUAUGGAGUUUGCCACCUCCGGCUCCAACAACACAGACACGGGAAAGUCGGGAGGCCACCUGGAGACCAAGUACAAAGUGAAAGAGCUGGGCCUCAGCUUCAACCAGAAAUGGAACACAGACAACACUCUCACCACAGAAAUCACCAUGGAGGACCAGCUGGCUCAGGGCCUGAAGCUCGGACUGGACACGUCAUUUGUGCCCAACACCGGCAAGAAGAGUGCCAAACUGAAGACCGGCUACAAGCGGGACUUUGUGAAUGUGGGCUGUGACCUGGACUUCGACAUGGCGGGUCCCACUGUCCACGCAGCUGCUGUGCUGGGCUACGAGGGCUGGCUGGCCGGCUACCAGCUGGCUUUCGACACUGCCAAAUCCAAACUGACUCAGAACAACUUUGCCCUUGGAUACAAGGCUGGUGACUUCCAGCUUCACACCAACGUGAACGACGGCACAGAGUUCGGUGGCUCCAUUUACCAAAAGGUGGACAGCAACUUGGAGACGGCGGUCCACCUGGCCUGGACAGCGGGCAGCAACAACACACGCUUUGGAAUUGGAGCCAAGUACCAGCUGGAUAAGGAUUCCUCUGUGGCUACCAAGGUCAACAACGCCUGCCUCGUCGGAGUCGGAUACACACAUACCCUCAGGACAGGAGUGAAGCUCACCCUCUCAGCUCUGAUUGACGGGAAGAACGUGAACGGAGGCGGACACAAGGUGGGCAUGGGCUUCGAGCUGGAGGCGUAAAGGCAAGACGGCAGACAAGAAGAGGAGGAGGAGGAGGAGGUGGAGAGCAACAGGAGACGAAUAAAGAGCCCAAAUGUGACGACAUGGCAAAGGUCCACUCAGCGACACGUUAAAAACACAUCUUCCCUCUGAGUCCUGCACACACAUGCGCACAGAUGCACACAUUCUUUGGCCUUAACCCUGAAACCCCAAGCAGCCUCCAAGACCUCCAGUACUGUAAUUUCAAAAGCAUCAUGCAUUAUUUCCUUUCAAUUGUACAACAUUUACAGUUCCCACACAAUAGUUUUUGAGCAUAAAUAUUAUCACAAUACAGCAAAAGAACAGACUUCUCAGCGGGUAAUUCAUGCAACGCCGCUGUUCUCCAGUAACGUGCUACUUAUGACCAGUUUGACCACACAAAGUGCACUUUCAAAAGAGCUUUUGUGUCUCAGACAUAUCCGUGUUCCCUUUGAAAGCACCUUUUUAUUCUGACUGCGUGGUCAGCCAAGUUGGGUUCAGCUAUAUUCUGGGUUUAGUAGGAUCAUUAGAGGAAGCUUGUUUUGGUAUAUUGUGGUUUUGUUGCAUGCUUUUAAGGCUAGAGGGAAGUUUUCUGACUUUUCAUUGUCAUAUUGACAAGUACAGUGACUGUAAACAGAUGCAAUAGAGGCUGGAAAAGACGGGUCACACUUCUCACACUGAGUGGGCUGACUCUGAUGCCACCAGUUGACCUCAGUAACGCAGUUUUUAACUGUGAACCCUCAGUUGCCUAAAUAUCUAUUUUUUCAGGUCCUGUUUGGUAAAAGGGGCCGACGGCAAUUUGGAUCUCUGUGUCACCUCUUUGUCUUGUCACGUUUUGUGUCCUGUACCUGUUCAACCUUUACCACUACAUUUCACUUUAUCUGUGCUGUGCUUUGUAUAGGAAAGUUAGUCAACAGUUAGGACCUCAAAGUGAUUUUAUUGAAUAAAUGGAAUAAAGAAUGUCAAACACUAAA